UAUUACCGUAAAAUAAUCAAGAUGACGUCUGAACGGCGAACAAGCCGGACCAUAGUCGUGGAUAGCCAUCGCAAAAUGACCAUACCGAUUUCAGCUGGGACUGUUCAGAAGACUCCGCCACUUACACAACGGCGCAUGUCUAAACAAAGACGAGACGAUCUCAAAAUAUCGAUACCACCAAAAGCAAGCACCCCCGGCGCCCCCAAAUCUCCGACCGUGGAACGACGAAUGUCUAAAAAUCUACCGUUUGUGGUAAUACACGACAACACCUUGAAAGACGCCCACAUGGAAGAGAUCAUAGCCUCGUUUGAACUGAUUGACCUCAACAGUGAUGGCCGGAUAUCGAAGGGCGAACUGCUCAAGGCUGCGGCACUGCUAGGGAUGAACCCCACAGAGGAGGACGCUCAAGCCAUGUUGAGUCUAGCUGACCUUGACGGCGACGGUUUCAUCAAUUUUGAGGAAUACAAACAUAUGAUGAAACAUAAUUAUAUCGAAAUAGACCUUGAGAAGGAGAGACUGCUGGCGGCAUUCCGUGUCUUAGACAGAGACAAAGACGGCUUCUUAAGUCAAGACGAGCUGAGGGCGGCACUCACUUUCAAGGCUCCUCCCGAAAACCUAAUGGAUGUCGAGCAGUUUAUACUAGACGCCGAUGUGAAUGGUGACGGCCAGAUAGACUACAGCGACAGCUGGUGUUCCGGUAGCGUGACGGGUAAACAGACAGCACGUUGGUGUUCCGGUAGUGAGACGGGUAAACAGACGGCACGUUGGUGUUCCGGUAGUGAGACGGGUAAACAGGUAUCACGUUUGUGUUCUGGUAGUGAGACGUGUAAACAGAUAGUACGUUGGUGUUCCGUUGGUGAGACGUGUAAACAGACAGCACGUUGGUGUUCCGGUAGUGAGACGGGUAAACAGGUAUCACGUUGGUGUUCUGGUAGUGAGACGUGUAAACAGACAGCACGUUGGUGUUCCGGUAGUGAGACGGGUAAACAGACAGCACGUUGGUGCUCCGGAAGUGAGACGGGUAAACAGACACCACGUUGGUGUUCCGGUAGUGAGACGGGUAAACAGACAGUACGGUGGUGUUCCGGUAGUGAGACGGGUAAACAGACAGUACGUUGGGGUUCCGGUAGUGAGACGGGUAAACAGACAGCACGUUGGUGUUCCGGAAGUGAGACGGGUAAACAGACACCACGUUGGUGUUCCGGUAGUGAGACGGGUAAACAGACACCACGUCUAAUUGUGAGGUUGGUAAUGUUUGUGUUGUGA